CUGGGCGAGCCGAGGGGAACGGGAGCAGCAGCGGCGUAGAUCGGUCCCGCGGCCGCCAUGCCCGGCAUCGACAAGCUGCCCAUCGAGGAGACGCUGGAAGACAGCCCUCAGACCCGUUCUUUGCUGGGAGUAUUUGAAGAAGAUGCUGCUGCAAUUUCCAACUAUGUCAAUCAGUUAUUUCAAGCAAUGCAUAGAGUAUAUGAUGCACAGAAUGAAUUAAGUGCAGCAACUCAUCUGACUUCAAAGCUUCUGAAGGAAUAUGAGAAACAGCAUUUUCCAUUAGGGGGAGAUGAUGAAGUUAUGAAUUCUACUUUACAGCAAUUUGCAAAAGUGAUUGAUGAGCUCAGUUCUUGCCAUGCAGUACUUUCAACUCAACUUGCAGAUGCAAUGAUGUUUCCUAUUACUCAGUUUAAAGAAAGAGAUCUAAAAGAGAUAUUAACUCUGAAAGAAGUUUUCCAAAUUGCAAGCAAUGACCAUGAUGCUGCCAUUAUCCGAUACAGCCGGCUGUCAAAAAGAAGGGAAAAUGAAAAGAUCAAGGCUGAAGUUACAGAAGAUGUGUAUACUUCCAGGAAAAAACAGCAUCAGACUAUGAUGCAUUAUUUCUGUGCAUUAAAUACUCUUCAGUACAAGAAGAAAAUUGCCGUAUUAGAACCCUUGCUAGGAUACAUGCAAGCUCAGAUAAGUUUUUUUAAAAUGGGUUCAGAAAAUCUCACUGAGCAACUGGAAGAAUUUCUCACCAACAUUGGCACAAGCGUGCAAAAUGUUCGCAGGGAAAUGGAGUGUGAAAUAGAGAACAUGCAGCAAACUAUAGAAGACUUGGAAGUAGCCAGUGAUCCACUUUAUUUGCCUGAUCCUGAUCCUGCAAAAUUUCCUGUCCAUAGAAAUCUGACACGGAAAGCUGGCUAUCUCAAUGCAAGGAAUAAAACAGGGCUGGUAUCUUCCAGUUGGGAGAGACAGUUCUACUUCACUCAAGGUGGAAACCUGAUGAGCCAGGCAAGAGGAGAUGUGGCUGGGGGACUUGUCAUGGACAUAGACAAUUGUUCAGUGAUGGCUGUGGACUGCGAAGACAGACGGUACUGUUUUCAAAUAACAUCUUUUGAUGGUAAAAAGUCUUCGAUCUUACAGGCAGAGAGUAAAAAAGAUUAUGAGGAGUGGAUAUGCACAAUAAACAACAUAUCUAAACAGAUAUAUCUAAGUGAAAACCCUGAGGAAAUUGCUGCGCGUGUAAACCAGUCAGCUCUCGAGGCCGUUACUCCGUCGCCUUCAUUUCAGCAGAGGCACGAGAGCAUGCGUCCAACUGUACAACCCCGGCCGCCCGCAGCGCGCACCAGCAGCACGGGGUCGCUGGGCUCCGAAUCCGCCGCUCUGUCUGCGCUGUCCUUGGAUUCCCUUGUUGCCCCUGACACUCCUAUUCAAUUUGACAUAAUAUCUCCAGUUAGUGAAGAUCUGCCUGGUCAAGCAAAGUCUUCAGGGCAGUCAGGCAGACGCACAAAUCCUUUUGGUGAAACGGGAGGCUCAAAAUCUGAAACUGAAGAUUCAAUUCUUCAUCAGUUGUUCAUUGUAAGGUUUCUUGGCUCUAUGGAGGUGAAGUCUGAUGAAAGUCCAGAUGUUGUUUAUGAAACAAUGCGUCAAAUCCUAGCAGCUCGGGCCAUCCAUAACAUUUUCAGGAUGACAGAAUCCCAUUUAUUAGUCACUUGUGACUGCUUAAAGUUAAUUGAUCCACAGACACAAGUUACAAGACUACGAUUUCCUUUGCCCAAUGUAGUCUUGUAUGCAACACACCAGGAGAAUAAGCGCCUCUUUGGAUUUGUGCUUAGAACUUCAGGAGGGAGAGCUGACAGUCGACAAACUUCCAUCUGCUAUAUCUUUGAAUCAAAUAAUGAAGGGGAAAAGAUUUGUGACUCCGUUGGACUGGCGAAACAGAUUGCUUUCCAUGCAGAACUGGAUCGAAAAGCAUCGGAAAAGCAAAAAGAAAUGGAGAGGGUCAAAGAGAAACAACAAAAAGAACUGACUAAACAAAAACAAAUUGAAAAGGACUUAGAGGAGCAAAGCCGACUGAUAGCUGCUUCCAACAGAUCAAACCCUAGCAGUGGAGAAGGACAGUUUGUAGUCCUUAGCAGCAGCCAGUCAGAAGACAGCGAUUUAGGAGAGGAUGGAAAGAAGAAAAGGGAAUCUGAAACCUAAGGUUGCCUAGUAAAUUAAAAUUGGAAUAAUGGAUAUAAGUUUUACAAGAAGUGAAAUAUAGGUGGAGGGUCUGUUGUAUUAUAUAAAAAACUUCACAAUGUCUAGACCCUAAUAUGCCUUGCUGUUUCUUUCUCAAUUAAGUGAUUUCCACUUUCAUGUCAGUUCCUCUUUUGUAUGCCAGAUAGACAUGGUAGCAUCACCAUUCUUUUUUUCAAAAAUUGUUUUCUCAAAGAAUUCUCUGCAGGAAGGGAAAAAGAUGGAUUUUUCUUUUUUCCGUGUACUCAUCUGUGCAAUUGACUGCUUUGGAAAUGAAACUUAAGCUCUCACUGAACUUGAGCAGUACUGAAAUUUGUUCUUUACACUGCAUUUUGCAGAACACCUUGCUGGAAACAAAAGUGGGGGUCCAGAUAAGACAGUGCUAAGCUUUAUAGAACUUGUUGCACAUAACUGUUCUUACAGUUAAAGAAAAAUCCUUAUUAACAUCUAUGGGAUGUGCAAUAGUUGUAGAAAGAAAGAUCAUAGUGUUUGUUUCAUAUUGCAGUGUAUGGUGCUGUCUUUCUUUUGUGAUUUAAAGGCUUUUGUGAUUUAAAGGCUUCUUUGAACAGGAGAUAAAAGAAAAUACUUGUCAGACAUAGGUAAGAGCUGAAGAGAUGCAAUUGCACUUUGCUGCAUGAGGAAUGCAUUAAAAAUUCCUUAUCAAAUAGUAAAUAUAAUGUCUAAGUGCCAUGUUCCUGGUUUUUCCCCAGUGUGUAAAGAAAAGCAGUAAGCUGCUGAGUUCAUUUUCAAUAAAAACAUGCACGGAGUUGCAGAAACAUUGAAUUCCACCACUUGAAAAAUCUGAAUCCAUAAAGGCCUUGCUACCAGUAACUGCAUUUGCUGAAAAUGAGUUAAAGCUUUUUAAGUCUUUCUCUGGAACUGUCUUUUGCAAAGAGAAGUAAAAGACGAUGCUAGUCUACAUCCUGAAGUUGGUCUCUUAACGCAUUUUUCAAAGCAGUCUCUGUUUAUACCUCAUAAGCCUGAACUCCAUGGUCCAUACCCUGUGUAAUAUUUAUUUUGUAUAAUACUAAAUGUGCAUUCAUCUUUUGAUCCAGAAGAGAAAACGUGUUUGAAGUAAGAAGAAAUAUUUAUUUUUGCACUAAUUACUAUAAAUACUAAACUCCAAUGGAACAGAUGUCUCUCUAAUAGUGGCCUGAGCAUAACAGAAAAUGUAGAAAGAGAAGAAUAUAUUCUAAGAUGUUUUAUAAUGGUUAAGAGUGUUUUACAGUUCAUUGCAGAGCAUUUUUAGUCUUUGGCUUUCAGCCCAGCCCUUCAUAGCUAGAAUUGCAUGGUGCUGAGUAAGUGAGGAAUUUCAGGACCUCUGUGCUAGAUGGCUGUGCAAAAAAGGAACACUGUCCUUAAUUGCUCAGAAGUUGUUUUGCGUAGGCUGACAAAGGCAAUCUCUUGCUUUUUAUGCUGGAGAUGGACAGGCAUUUCUAUGCAGCAACCAACUGCAUCUGCCUCCUGUCACAGCAAAGAGAAGGGAGCAUUGCUCUCAUGGUGCCACUGGCACCACAGCGUACAGCAGGGACUGAGCAGCUGUGGAAGCGCUCACAGUAUUGUAAAGAGGAGGUGGAGUGGGAGACUGAGCAAGAGAGAGGCUCCAGGGUCUCUUCCUUCUGUUUCAGCACGUUCGUCCUCAGAGUAGCCAGAGUAGCUCGCAGAAGUACCUGCUUUUGCUGUUAUCCAGUCAGACCUUGUGGCAUCAGCCCGCGGCCAGAUGUUGCCUUCAUAGUGUCUCAUGGACCGUGCACAUCUAAGGCUUUCAAAACAAACAACAACAACAAACAAAAACUUCAGUGGCAUUUACUUCCUAUCUAGUCUUGCAUUCUCAUCUAGAAGAGGCUACUUCUAUUUUCAACAGAAACAUGCAGAAAGGCAGCAAAUGCUUUUUUUCUUUUCUUUUCCUGCCUAUAUCUAUUUGCAUGGCAGCCGGUUUAUCUCUACAAGUUGCUUCAGUUUGUCUUUCUCUUGGAUUUUUUUUUUUUUUGGUAUGUAAUGACUUCUAUUUUCUAUGAAAUAACAUGCCAGCACAGCUCAAAUUAAUAAAGUCAUUAAGGUUGAGAAGAUGACUAAUAUCAUCUAGUCCAACCUUUAACCACCAAAUUUACUGUGUCUUCCUCGAUUACAUGCUAAAGGUGAAUUAAUUCAGCAACAGCACAGAAUCUGUUCCACGAAUCUGGUCACCAAGCUGUCAGAGUGAGAUGAGCUGCAGUGGCCACAGCACCAGGAGGAAGACAGCUAACAGAUCAGCAACCUCAUCCAAAGGUACUGCUGACAGGGUGCCUUACUGGAGAGAGGGCAGAGAGCUGAGUUAUCUUUUCUUGAACCCACCCAUUAUGUUUUGGACAUAAAUAUACAACUAUGAGGAGGCAAUCAAGAGAAAAAUCUGGUUUUAUAACAUUGCUGUUAUAAAAUUUUUCAGAUUAAAUGAUAUCUGAUGGGAAUUACUCCAGUUUUAGUUCAUGUUUUACCAUCUAUACCAUUAAACGUAGUUUUCUUAAUCAGACAGCAUAGGAUCGAGUUGCAUUUCACUUGCAGUGGAUGAUUCUUUUCUCCUCACCCUCUGAAAAGAAGGGAAAUAAACGACGAGAGCAGCACUUCAAAAAAAGUGACAUGCAUGAAUGAAAUGAGGUGGCUUUGUUUUGCUGUUUAGGAGAGUUUUGCUGGUAUAAAAUGAGCAAAAAGACAGAGUUAAAAGCUUCUGGAAAAGUGAUGAAAGCUGCAGGAGCAAAGGGCAAGUUGUGGGAGAUGAGGAUGCUAAAAUGGAACACUACAAUGAAUUAGCAGUGGGAUGAGAAUUACUCAGUGCCACUUAAAGGGAGGAGCACCUGGGUCCGUGGGUAAAACUACCACAAGGCAAAGAAUAGCUGCUGAGCUUUUAUCCAUGUCCUCCUCCCCUCAGAAAAUCUUUCUGAUACCCUUUGAACUAUGAAUUGCAGAACUACUUCAUCAGAAAACAUGUUUCUUAAUUAAAAAAAUUAGAGUACUUAAUAUUUACUUUGAGAGUACAACUUGUAAUAUGAACACCUCAUGUUCUCCUGGGAAUGACUGUGGUAAGGUUUCACCACCUGUUAUUUCAAUAAAUUACUGGCUGGUUUCCUUUCUCGUAACUUA